UAAAUUUUCAGCAGUUUGCACUUAUCUUUUUUUUUUUAAUUAUAAACAUCUGAAAGAAGUAAUUUGUAAAUUUUUUUGAUAUAAUGGCAACUAGAACUCAAUUCGAAAACUCCAAUGAAAUCGGUGUCUUUUCAAAGCUUACGAACUCUUAUUGCAUGGUUGCAGUUGGAGGUUCAGAAAAUUUUUAUUCUGCAUUUGAAGCAGAAAUAGGAGAUGUCAUUCCAUUGAUUCAUACAACAAUCGCUGGCUCAAGAAUUAUUGGAAGAAUGAGCGCAGGAAACAGAAGAGGUUUGUUGGUGCCAUCCCAAACCACUGACCAGGAGUUAAUGCAUCUAAGGAACUCCUUGCCCGAUCAAAUCAAAAUACAAAGGGUGGAGGAAAGACUAAGUGCUCUUGGUAAUGUUAUUUGUUGCAAUGAUUAUGUUGCUUUAGUUCAUCCAGAUAUCGAAAGGGAGACAGAGGAAAUCAUAGCAGACGUAUUAGGUGUAGAAGUAUUUAGACAGACUAUUGCGGGUGUUGCAUUAGUUGGCGCAUAUUGUUCGUUGUCUAACCAAGGUGGUUUGGUUCACUCUCAGACUCCAGUGCAGGAUCAAGAGGAAUUGAGUUCUUUGUUACAAGUUCCUUUAGUUGCUGGAACUGUUAAUAGAGGUUCAUCUGUUAUCGGCGGUGGUAUGGUUGUUAACGAUUGGUUAGCAGUGACUGGUUUGGACACAACUGCCCCAGAGUUGAGUGUCAUCGAAAGUAUUUUCAGACUACAAGAUGCUCAACCUGACGCUAUCAAUAACUCUUUACGUGAUACUCUUAUUGAAACCUAUUCAUAAAAUGAUUUCAUUUUCAAUUAAUACAAUCAUAUGAAGACACAACAAUUAAAAUUUUAUUAAACAAUAAAAAGAAUGGAUUAUCGAGAAAGUCACUCUGAUUUGUUGAAUUUUGGUCUUUUGUGAUCAAUAAAAAGCUGUAUUUUAUCGUCUGGU